AGUCCGGCUUUCAUUGGCUGACAAAUGAGCAAUCCUCUGUUGUUCAUUAUAAAUUGAAAGGACGCCGCACGGCAAUAAAUUACCCAUGCGUGGUUAUUAAUGACAUGAAAAUUAUUCAAUCUACAUCCGACAUAAGAGCAAUAUUUGUGUCUGUAAGCGGCAACCCGGGACCGCUACCGGUGUAUUUACCGGUAAACUAUGCUAGCCUUACGAGCUAACUAGCCAGCGACAAGCUACUCGUCGCGUCCUGUUCAUCUUCAUGGGCUUCCGCUGUUGAUUCUUCCAGGCUUGUGCUGGGGGCAGCGAGGCUAACAAAUUGAUGCCAUCCGCCAGGAAUUCGGGCCACAUUAUGAGCGGGGCGGGUUACAAAGCGAACGGCGCCGUGUACCCCGCCUCGUCGGCGAUGUUGAACUCCGUGAAGAAGCCGAAGAUGGAGCAGAUUCAGGCCGACCAUGAGCUUUUCUUGCAGGCCUUCGAAAAGCCAACACAGAUAUACAGAUUCCUUCGCACCAGGAACUUGAUUGCACCGAUAUUUUUGCACAGGACUCUCACCUUCAUGUCCCAUAGAAAUGGUCGCUCAAAUGCCAAAAGGAAAGCAUUCAAAGUAGAUAACAUGUUACAAACUGUAGAGAAGAUGAAGGGAGAGCAGGAAUCUCCCAGCUUGUCAUCACAUCUGCAGUUAACCUUCACUGGGUUCUUCCAUAAGGAUGAAAAGCCAUCUCAGAACUCGGAGAAUGAGCAAAAUUCUGUCUCCUUGGAGGUGCUACUUGUCAAAGUCUGCCAUAAAAAACGCAAGGAUGUCAGCUGCCCGGUUAAGCAAGUGCCUACAGGUAAAAAGCAGGUGCCUUUGAAUCCUGACAGCCAGCAAAGCAAGCUGGCUUCCUGUCCCUCCUUAGUGGUGUCCAGCAACGAGUUUGAGCCUAGCAACAUCCACAUGGUCAAAUCGUACUCGCUCCUCUUCAGGGUGUCACGCACGGGCCGGAGGGACGCCAAUGGCCUGCCCAACGGUGAAGCUAACGAGAACAUUGAUGUGAGAGAUACUCAAAGUAGAAAGAAGAGGAAUUCCUCUCCUAAGGACGAAGGGGACGCAACCGAGACAUAUGUUGCCCAAAUGACAGUCUUUGAUAAGAACAGAAGGUUGCAGUUGCUGGAUGGAGAGUAUGAGGUGUCCAUGCAGGGAAUGCAGGAGAGCCCCGUGAGCAAGAAGCGAGCCACGUGGGAGACGAUUCUCGACGGCAAGAGGCUGCCACCGUUUGAAACAUUUUCUCAGGGACCCACGUUGCAAUUUACUCUGCGCUGGACCGGCGAGGCCAGCGGGAAGUCCACGGCCCCUGUCGCAAAACCUCUUGCUACCCGAAACUCUGACACCCAUGGCCCCAUGGAGACCAGGACUAGUCACCACAGAGCAACACCCUUAGCAGUGAAAGAGGCCGUCAGCACAGACAUCCAUGCGAGGAACGAACCCGUCCCGUGCGAGCCGCGUCAAAAGUUACGGAUAUUUUAUCAGUUCCUGUACAACAACAAUACGCGGCAACAGACAGAGGCGAGGGACGACCUUCACUGUCCUUGGUGCACGCUGAACUGCAGCAAGCUCUACGGCCUCCUCAAACACCUCAAACUCUCCCACUCGCGCUUCAUCUUCAACUAUGUGCCUCACCCCAAAGGAGCGAGAAUAGACGUCUCCAUCAACGAGUGUUACGAUGGCUCAUACGUUGGCAAUCCUCAGGACAUCCACAGUCAACCGGGCUUUGCUUUCAGCCGCAACGGCCCCGUCAAGAGGACCGCUGUCACUCACAUUUUGGUUUGCAGGCCCAAGAGGACCAAGCCAAGCCUGUCCGAGUUUCUGGAGUUGGAGGACGGCGAGUUGGAGCCGCAACGGACCUAUGUGAGCGGACACAACCGUCUGUACUUCCACAGUGACAGCUGCAUGCCGCUGCGACCGCAGGAGAUGGAAGUGGACAGCGAGGAUGAGCGGGACCCCGAGUGGCUCCGAGAGAAAACGGCAACGCAACUGGAUGAGUUCACUGAUGUCAACGAAGGGGAGAAGGAGGUUAUGAAGCUAUGGAACCUUCAUGUCAUGCAGAACGGGUUCAUAGCCGACAACCAAAUGAACCAGGCCGUCAUGCUGUUCGUGGAGGACUGCGGGGCGCACAUUGUUCGCCGCAACCUCUGCCGCAACUUCCUCCUGCACCUGGUGAGCAUGCACGACUUCAACCUGGUAGGCACGGCCACCAUCGACCGGGCCAUGACGCGCCUGAAGCAGAUCCAGGAGGAUCUCCCCGAGGAUGCCGAAGAGCGGCAGGAACGUGCGCUCCUCGCAGCGGCGGGGAGCUGCAACGGCAAUGCGCCGUCCCCCGGUGCGGGGAAGCAGGGCAAGAGGACAAAAAGCGCUCUCACAGACUGAUGCGAGCCCCAUGCCUGGAACUUGUAGUAGUCACAGGGGAAGGUUGUUGUUGUUCCCCCCCCCCCCCCUUGUUUCAAUAAAUAUUUCCAGCCUUUUGGUGCUAAGAGGUGGUCAGCCGAGUGACUGACUGCAAACAAACAUUUUGUAAAACUUGAACUCAACCAAAUAUGAAUGAUGCACAAGUGACUUGCCCGCAUCAAAGAGGUUCUGGGUGAAUAUGAAUGCAUUCUAGGGGUGGGGAAGCCCCGAUUUAGGAGUACCGUUUUUUUCCAUGUAUAAUGCGCAAGAUUUAACUAAUUUAUUGUCCUGAAAUCUGGGGUGCGCAUUAUACAUGGGUACAAUUUUUUUUUUUUUUUUAAAUCCGGAUAUGAUACGGAGGCUGCCAUUACAGAUGCGCUUUCUUUGCUGUUCACUUCAAACACGCUCCAUACGAGCACAAUGCUCUCGUAUCAGACGCUUGCUCGAUCACCUGUCACAAUGUACCCUCCACAAAUCCGAACCAUUUCUUCGCUAUCGAGUUUGCUAGCGCAUGCGCAGUGAUACUGACCCGCAGAAUAUCUUCCGGUUGUUCCCAAAGAUGAUCUUUUUUCUGAAAUAAUUUUACGUUUACGGGCUUAAGUAGGAGUCAAAAUUUGGGUGCGUAUUAUACAUGGGUACAGGUUUUUUUCCAGCAUCGACAUGCCAUUUUUAGGGUGCGUAUUAUACAUGGGGGCACAUUAUACAUGGAAGAAAACGGUAUGUGAACAAGGCCUAAACAAUGUUAUAACCCACAAAUCCUCCGUGUGUGUGUGUGCGCGCGAGCGGGUGUGCAUGUGUUCAUAUGUGUAUAUAUAUAUUCAUAUGUGUAUAUAUAUAUGAAUAUAUAUACAUAUUCAUAUAUAUAUGUAAACAUAUUUUUUGAAUAAAGUCACAAUGGCCCACUGAGGAGGACUGGAUCCUGGUUCUCUACCAUUUUAAUGUUUCCUGCUCAUAGAUGAGGAUCAUCAAAACUACAGUUGAAAUUGUACUCGGUAACAUGAAUUGUACACGUCCGUGGUAUGAAGGUAGCCUUGUCUUAAACCCUUAGCUGAUUCUUUUUAGCACUUGAUGUUUUUAUAUGUAGAGAUAUUCAUUUUGCAUAAGUCAGUGCUGCGCCACAACGUGGCAUGCAGCCUGUUUUUCCCAUCAGUGGAGAACUGGGAGAAAUUCCAUUUUAGUAUCACUGUUGAUACUGUGAGUCCAAGAAAUGUCAAAUAGUUUGUGCCAUAAGAGACUGUGCUUGCCUUCCCACCCCUAAGAAAGCAGAUUUGAGUUUUUUUCCUGAGCAAUAGAAUUUGAACAAUCAGUUAGAUUGGAGUUUCAGUGCCGUGCAACUAAGUGGUUAUCUAUAUUUUGAUUACAUUUUUUUUACUGGGUGACUGGACAAACUCAACGAUGCUCCACCAACAACCCAAAGUUUCUAAGUUUUUAGAAGUAUAAUUUCCUGAUUAAAAACAGGGAGCCUUUUUUUCUUUCAUUUCCCAAACACCCGAUUGUGAGUCAUGUAAAAAAAAAAAAAAAAAAUUACACUUAAAUAAAGUCACAUUCAACCUCA